AGAUCAGCGAUGGCCGGCGUCGAGUGUGAGCCGAAGGUCACCCAUAGCAAAGGAAAGGCGGAGUCUCUGUCCGGCGAGGAGUGUUCGCUGGAGGAACGUGCCAGUAAAAGGAUCGACUGUUCCGAGGCGGAGAAGGGGCCGGCAGCGCCGGUGGUCACCGGCGGCGAAGGAGAGGAGGCUUCAGCGAAGAAGAUGUGGCGGCUGCCCAGGGAAGAGGUCAAUUGGAUCCUCUCCCAGUCGAACGAACCUGUCGAUCCUGAGAUCCGGGCCCUGAAGCGUGCCAAUCCGUCGCUGGUGCCGUCGCCGGAGGAGGACGAGUACAUGGUGCUCCUCUACGCAUGUGCCCGCGACUGUUACGACAAUGAAGCAAUGUUGUAGGUAAAUAGCGGGCUAUAAAGCGGCAU